AAAACUGGGGUUAUUUUCCAGGUUGUUGUAGUUCUAGUAAGUUAAGUCCAGGCUCACACAAACUAGUCCAGUCCUCUAAAUUCAUCCAACAGGGCGGAGCGUUCAUGCACACAUUCACCUAUCAGAUUGCCCCAAAUCUAAAAAAAACCCAAACAUUUGUCAGUGAAAGCCCCCAACCUGCUAACAGAACAGAAGCAGUUAUCCUUUGGUGGGUUGGGCUGUUCUUUGUUUCUCUGUCUCAUUGUUAGCAUGUUUUACCACCCGGUUGUCUUAAACCGUCGCUCAGGAUGUUUCUCUACGAUCUGGCUGGUUGCCACAAAAGGCAUCAAAGUCCCUCGCAGGGAUUUACUGAGAGUAGAUGUGACAAGGACUUGCAAUGACAUCAUGAACUACGUGCUGGGGCUGGUCAACCCUCCUCAGCCAGGUCUGCCCCGACCUCGCUUCUCCCUCUACCUCUCCUCUCAGCUGCAGUACGGCGUCAUCCUGGUCUACCACAGACAGUGUGCCAUCUUUCUAGAUGAGCUUCAGUUUAUGAAGGACCGGCUACUAAAACAAUGGAGCAUCACUAAAAUUGAUUUGGAAGACCACAGCAGGCAAAGAGUAGACCUGCCUGAUCCUCUGUCUGUGAUGGAGGACACUGAAGGAGCUCCAGACCCUUUAUUUGGCGAGAUGCUUCUCCACAAUGUCGUCCCCAGUCCCAGCUCACUGAUUCAGAUGAGUAAGGAAUACCUGAGAGGAGCUUCUCCUGAGCUUCCAUUGGGCAGCUCAUCUGCUUCUCUUUCACCAGACGUGCAAACUGGCAUCACUGCAUCACCAGAAAGCAUCACUCUGAGAGAGGCUGAGCCCGUUCCUGCCCCGGCUGCAGAGUUUGAGGGGGAGGAUUUUGCUGGCCACCUUGCACAAACGAUCAAUAUGCUGUUGGACCAACCCGAUGACUUUCCAGGAAGUUUGGAGCUACCAGAAGAAGAGAUGAGAGGGCAGGAGAAAGAACAGACUAAGGAAAUGACAGGAUCCACUGCAGAACUGCAGCCAACCACUGUCUCCAGUGAGGGUCCUGAGCUGCUGGCCCCGGAGCAGCAGGGUCCCCCCAAAGACCAGCUCACCCCGGUCUCUGCUUCUAGGCCCCCCUCGCCGCCCUCCGCAGCCGAGGGCCCGCUCAGGAGCCCCGAGUUAGAGGAGGCCCAAAUAGAGGUGAGAAGGAAGAAAAGAAGGAGGCAGCUGGUUUUCUUCGAUGCAGAGACGCAGCUCUCGGAGGAGGAGCUGCAGCGGCAGAUAGACGACCCUCUAACAGAGACCACAUCCCCUCCCCUUCACCUGCUUCCCUCUCAUAGGGUCGUACCUCCAGCAGAGCUACUCAACAAUCCCUGCAGCUUUUUGCCCAAGGAGAUUGAGGCUCUAUGGAGACAGGCUGCCACUAUAACAGAGCUGCUGGACACUGACCUCCAGGUCGGGGAGACCGGACCCGAGUCCACCGACUCCGAGAAGGAAAGAGAGCGGGAGAUGAUGGAAGUGGCCGAAAGAGAGGAGCAGAGACUCAGAGAGACUAGCACAGAGGUCCAGGAAGCAAUGAUGAAGUCGGACAUGUUGGGUACUUCAGCUGACGAUGCUUUGCCUCUGGAGGUGUCGGACCAAAGGGAGAAGUCUCGAGAGAUUUCUCCUCUGCACACAUCAGAGAGAGAAGGGUCCUCUAUCUCCACUGCAUUACCUGAUAUCCAAGAGGCGGAAGAGGAGAUGACUGAAAUGAGUUUGUUGCCAGAGUUGUUGGAGCAUGCAGAGGAGCCCAUUCUUUUUCACUCACUUUUACCGCCUGGGGUGAACCGCACAGGUGUCAGCAACCUUUUUCACAGUCUGCUGGAGAAUGUUUCCUCCAGGAGGAUUCGUGCUGAGCAGGAAGAGCCUUAUGGAGCCAUCCUAAUCUACGCUGGAAGCAGCUAUGAAGAGACCAAUCUGCCUUUGUAAUCUGCUCACAGUUUGAAGUAACACAGGGUUCACUUUUUACACAAUCAUUCUGUAUUCAAAUAAUAUACAAGAAUAAAGUUUUAAUAGUUGCAUGGCUUUCAAUUAAACUCUAUAUUAUGUAUUAUUGAAAUAAUGCAUAUUUCUGUUUAGAAGCCUUUGUUUUAAAGCUUUAGAAAAGAAAAGUUUGCAUUUUUUUUUCCUUAUUCGGAUGUUCCUCAAGAUGAAUUCUGCAAUUGGAUUUUUGUUAAAGAGUUGAUAUUUCUAAUAAACGUGUAUUUCAGUAAAAAAAACCUCUAUACUGUGUUCCUUUAAGAAAUCAAACCUUUUCUGUGAAAUCGUGUUGAUCAUUAGGAAUGCGUGGCGGGGGGGUUAGGAGUUACAGGCCUCAGAGCGGAGCGAUACUUGAUCUGU